AUCUAUUAACUCGUCGUGAGGGCAGGCGCACUCGGAAGUGGUAUCCGUAAGCAAAAACAGCGAAUAAAGGACGUAUUGAUAUAUAUGCGAAUCUCAAAUCGCAAGAGUCAUGGACGAAAGGAUGAUGUGCUAAAACUUUACUUAAGCUCGUGUCGUACAGAGAGAGGAUAUCUUCCAUUAUUAUUCGCAAUUUCGCAUGUAUAUAUCACCAGCACAAAUUAUUAGUCCAACAACAAUCAUUAAAGUCGAGUUUGGACGAAUUAAAGUAAGAAAAACAAGAAAUAAAUCGAGUUCUAAAUUGAUGUUUGUUUCGCAAAAUAAAAAAUAGUUGGGCAAAAGUAUUGGGGAUAAAAUUGGAUAAUUUGUGAGUGGGUGUGUCCUUCUUCUGGUGGACUUGGUGUUUAGUUAAAUGUGCAGUUUAAUUAAAGAAUAUGAGAACAAUUGUUAAUAACAGAAGGAAUUGUUGUGAAAAUGAUGCAUAGUCUUUCAAGAACAAGUAAUAAUAUUUAACUGUUGAGUUAAUAAACAGGUCGAGUGGUUUAUUAUAGUGGGCUAAAUUGGUUAGUUAGUUAGUUAACGUUGGUUGGUUAACGAGAAGAAGUGAGGCUUUCUCCUUUUAUAAUAGUCGUCCCGUUCUGGUUGGUGGUUUCUAGUUUUUUAGAAAAGUUUACUAGUUUUUUGGAAAAGUUGGAAAAUAUAAGGUUGGGAAAUUUACUUGACAUUUCGAUUCGAUAAGGACGACGUAUCUCCAUGAUAUCGACAAACCAGGGCACGACGACCCCUACUUUCCCCCUCCGAUUAAUGCAAGUUAACCUUCGGAGAAUUCGACUUGGAUUCUUUUACUAAUUUUAAUUUAAAUCUCUCAAAUGGCGAAUUUGCUACAUGACUUUUACUCUGAAUUAAUACGCGGAAUGUGUUCUUCUGCAAACUGUUCGGGACACGGGGAGUGUCUGAACGGCACGUGUCUCUGUGAGAUAAAAUUCGCCGGUGAAGAAUGUGACGGAAUCAAUGUAAAUUAUCAUGUCAGUCUUGCCUCGGUGUAUCUCAUAGUUGCCCUCGUCUCGUUAAUCCAACUCCUUAUCGCCAUGAUCAUGGCGUGUCGACAAGUGGAUAAAGGAAGCCGUUUUAGAGAAGCAAUCAGCCCCACGACACCGAAAGCUAUUUAUGCCAUCGUUUUUCUAGCAGCUUCUCUUCGUGCUGCAUACUUUGCAGUGUCGGCAACGUGGGCAGCAGAUUGGUUACUUAGCCUGCUGACGGCUUACUAUCCUCUGCUAUUGACAGGCUCGUCGCUCAUCGUCUGCUUUUGGGCAGAGAUAUUUCAUCUCAGAAAUGUCUGCUUUGAAUCUCAUCGAUUCCUAUCGAAGUCAUUCUUGGGGUUUGUUGCGUUCAAUGUCGUCACAUAUUCAAUCCUCUUGGCACAACUGCUUCUGGUGCUGGCAAAUACGAAUGAAACAGAGAAGAAUUACUACUUCAACGUGUUUAACGGAUGUUACGCAAUUCUUUUAUUUAUUGUCGUCGUCUUCUUCCUAAUUUAUGGAGUCGAGGUUUAUUUUAAGAUUCGGGGUGGAUUUCUUCUUCUAAGUCCUAUUCGAACUGUGGGACUCGCCACUAGCAAAACUGACACAGUGGCACUUGUCACUCAACAGCAGAUUGGUAAUUCGGAUCGCCCAGUGAACGUGUCACAAUUGAAUCAGUCACGAUUCGGGUUAAUUUCUCAAGCAUCCAUGCUGCUCGUGACGGUUGUGUUUAUAUUGUCGGACAUACUGGGAGAAUUUUGGAAGAACAAGGUUCCAUUAGAAAGCAGAAACUACCACGACAUUCUGUUCCGCGUGGUGGAGAUUGGAGUGGCAUUAUGGUUUCCGUGUGUCUUGUGGAAUGUCAAUCGACCCGAUCAGCUUUGGAUUUUGAACCCAAAGAAAAUUCUCCAAACGAAUGUUAACAAAUCGACAAUGUCAGACUUACCAGAUGACAAAUCAAGUUUAUCGGACAGUGUUGGCUGCUACUUUUGUUACGAUCCGGAUAGAACCGAUGCUGGGCCGAUUAUUCAACCUUGUGAAUGUAGAGGGGAUGUCGCCAGUGUACAUCAUGAGUGUUUGCGAAGAUGGCUUUUGCAAAGAGCCGCUGAAAAUGGAGAAGCCUGUUGUUCUGUGUGCAAGACUCCGUACAAGUUGGAAAGGGAAAAGUCACUCUCCUGGUCGGCAUGUUCCGAUGUUUCAGCAGCACAUUGGCUCAAAUUUUCACUCAUGGUUGCAACUAUUUCCGGCAUAUUCAUGUCAACCUGGGCACUUUGUCACAUUUUAACUGCUGCACCGUAUAAAAUACUCGUGGUUGGAUCAGCCAUUAUUGGAACUUACGUCAUUUUAAAAUUCCUUGGACAAAAUACCUUCUCAGCAUAUCAACAAGCCAAAGUUUCUUCAGUCAAGAUAAUAUCUCGAAGUCCAGAUGUAUUACUUAGUCCUCCUGCUACAAAAAUCUAAAAAAACACACACACAAACCAACUCUUAGACGUUUCUUUCAGUAAUACCCUGUCAUGUGAUACCUUGCAUAGUUAAUUGAGUGCCCAAAUACCUCGUACAUUUUGUUAUAUAAGUGUAAUUGGUAAAAAACUAGAAUCAACAUAGAACUAUUAGCAAACAGUAAUUGAAAGACUCAACUAUUUUACCCUUUCUCAUUAUAUCAAGACACAUUUUAUAUACAGUGUAGUUAACCAAUCUCCUCGUAUCAAUUUGCACAAAAUAAAUACUUCUUAUAGCAGACGAAGGAAGACGAAGUAUUUAAAACAACUGAUAACGAAUAAUAUAAAUGCAAAUUAUGACGGAACGAAAAAUAUCUAAUAGGUGUCUAUCCAACCAAACAAAGUUUUCCUUCAGAUCCCAUGUAACUUCCUUUAUAGAUAAAUAGUUAAAUAUUUAACUUUCGUACGCGAAGGUCAAGUAAAAUCAUGUCGUACGAUUACCAAAAAUAUCUCAAAAACAAAUAUCACUCGCUCAGCUAUGUAAAUAUUAUAUAUUUUCCUCCUCGGUAGUAAUCCGUAGGUAAAAAAACUAGUUUGAACAAACAAACUUUUCUUUAGUAUGACUCAAAUCUAUGCAAAACUUUUAAUAGCAGAUUUGAAUUUUUUUGACUUGGUAAAUAACUCUUUUUAAAUAUAUCUAGCGAGCCCAGGUUUGAGAUACGUAAAUGCUUUUUCGGCAUUUUAAAACACCAAUGUAUUAUUUGGACAAGUAUAAUUUUUGGAUGCGUGAUAAUGUGAUUAUUAUAUUCUUAUUUUUAAAUACUUUCGUUUUUUAUUUACGAUACGCGCACUACGUGACCAACAGUUAACUAAUUAAUAACUUGCAUUUGAGUUCAGUGUAUAUUCUGUGAUAAGGAAAACCUAUCCGGUUUUAUUUCUUGCUGGUUAAUUAAUUAUUACGAAUGAGAUUGCGUUUAUGAUAUUUUUAGUCAAAACGAGCCAUAAUAUUACCAUUGAUUUUUUAAUUACUGCAAUCAUCCUCAAUUUUUAUUAUUCAAUUUAAACUUAAUUUUGUGGGAUGAAAAAAAGAAUUGUAUAUAUUUAUGUAUUCCGCUGCUGCGAUAUCUCCCCUUGUAAUGAUAAUCCUUAUUGCAUUGGAUUAUACAUAAUUGUGCUCUAGUCGUGAUGUAUGAAACGUGUUUUAAUUAUAUAUUGUGGUCAAAAAUUUACGAUGGAAGAUUGUGGAAAUUAGCUGCUUCGAUUCCAUCGGUAGUGACCACCCACCGCAUUUACGGACGAUAGAAAAAGGAAAUCAGAAGAAUCUCGAAAAAUCCAAUGAAUAAUAUUUAACAUGAUCAAAGAUCGAAAUAUGUAAUAAGUGAAAUAUUAUAAUGACAGGAUAAGUUGGAGGAGAGAAGGAGACGAAAGUCAAUAAUUGAUUGACGAUGCUGACGAGCGAGAGAGUAUAAGUGAUAUAAUUUAACCACCGUAAUAAUUAAAUAUUACAUGCAUAAUACGUAAUUUACCUCAGUACGCGGUAUGAAUAUUCCUAUGCGUAUGAAUUCCUUUAGUUGUGUUAUUAUUGCUAAUUAAUUUUCAAAAAGUCUAGUCAAGUCAAUAUCAAAGAUAUAUAAACACACACGCGCAGUAAUAAGUAAUGAAAUACAUAAAUGAGAAUGAAAUCUGUGUAAGCAAUAAAGUAAAAAUAAAUUCAGUGUGUAAUUAUAA